CCGUCUAUGCUUCGUGAUACGGACCGUAGUUAAACCGACACUGAUCAGUGAGGCCCACAGAUCAAGACCCUAUUCUUAGUACCCCAAUACCCCUAUAUUGAGCCGUUCAGUCGACCUCAAUUCAUACCUAUCUCCAACGCUCCGAACCACGCGCUAGAAACCCUGACAAGAUGCCUCCAACUACAGAUUACUCGAAAAGCUUCGAUCCGACAGACAAGGACGCAAAAACCAUUGAGAAGUAUAUAAUAGCCCAAAUCGAGGACUACACUGACUUGUACAAUGAAGAUCUAUGGAAUACAUUUCGCGAAGACUUCUCAACAUGGACCGAAGGAGCUUUUAGAAUUGCGCCUCUAAAGACUCUUAUUAACCUACCGAAAGGACGACAAUAUGCAGCUACUACACUAUCCGAGACAAUUGCCAAAUUAGAGCAGCAUGAAUGGACCGAAAGUGAAGUUAUAUACCAUGUACAACGCCAUGGAAUAUUCAGCUCACCAAAUAUCGAGCUCACGUAUGGACCUGCGAUUCGAAGGCUCCAAGCUACAACCCCUAAGGCACCUCAACAAGCUAUCCACUCCGAACCACAAGCAACGACUAUAUCAUACAGAAUGAUACUACAAUCUCAGCGUAAUAAGGAGAGAGACACAACACCGACCCCAAUCGCAUAAUUGGUGCAGCAAUAGUAUAAUCUAAUAACCCCUACCACAACUAUGUUAUAUAAGCAGGCCAUACCGGCUACGACGCAUAGCCGCCAGACCGUCCAUACAAACUAUACCACGCAAGACACCUUAUACUAUGGGGCGAAUAUCAGUUAGCUACGAAAGGCUUAUUCAGAAGAUCUCCACUACAGCAAUAAUAAGAACACAUUUAACUAUUCGU